AUGCUCUCCAAGGACGUUAUCGAAGAGUGGGUAACGCCUUAUGCAGAGGCACUUGGCUUGCCUUACUUUCCCCGGCAUGUGGUAACAAUAUUUCGUUCUAUGAUGCUUUGGUGGUCGAUCCAAUUGCUAUCACAUGGAGUGAGCCCGUACUUGUUUCCUAAGGCAUUCGCCAAUAUGCCAGCGCGUAAACGGACGUCUUGGGAUGUGCAUAUCGUAUCGCUGGUGCAUUCCUCCAUUGUGGCGCCACUUCUGUUGUACUACUGGUUGAACAUUGAUGAAAAUACGGAUCGUCUGUAUGGCUACCGCUUUCAGGUGGGCCAAUUGUAUUCUCUCUCAUUUGGAUACUUUGUGUGGGACGUGAUUGUGUCGCUGCGCUACGAGGGUCUGGACUUCAUUAUACACGGUUUGCUGGGACUUAGCGGCAAUAUUUUUGUCUUCAAGCCCCUUCUCAUGUUUGGUGGCAUGGGCAUUAUCAUGUGGGAGUUGAGCACGCCGUUCCUCAACAUUCAUUGGCUCCUUGACAAACUGGGUUUGACUGGGUCACUGCUCCAAUUUGUGAAUGCUAUGUGUCUCCUACUGUCGUAUGUGACCGUCCGCAUGAUUAUCGGUGUGAGUGAGUCGUACAAAAUCGUCACGUUGCUCUGGAGCCCAGCAGCAGAUACGCUGGCUUUGCCGUACAAGUUGUAUUACACGCUCGGCCUGCUGGUUCUCAAUGCACUGAACUAUAUUUGGUUCUUCAAAAUGCUACAUGCGAUGCGCAAGCGGUUUUUGCCCGCCAAAAAAGAGUAA